UAUGAUUAGUGUGGUAGUAUGCCGUUCCGACAGCCCAUGAAAACGUAGUAACUGCGCGACAGGUUUUGUGUUUUAAAGGAGAGCGGUCAUGGACAGUAACGCUGUGGUAAAAGUGGGCGCGAUGGCGAGCGCCACUGUGUGCGCGUUGUUCGGCGGAAUCGUGUUCGCGCAGUACAUUUUCACCAAAAAACAGAGAGCAGGCAAGAAAACCAAGAUAAUCGAAAUGAUGCCGGAGUUUGAGAAGAACACGGUUCACAUCAGAGACCCUGAGCGGGUGGAGCAGAUCAUCUGCAGUCUCAUUAAGGGUGGAGCAUCUAAACUGCAGAUCAUCACAGAUUUUGAUAUGACGUUAACCAGGUUUGCUGUAAACGGAAGGCGCUGCCCAACAUGUCAUAAUGUUAUUGACAAUUGCAAGCUGGUUACUGAAGAUUGUAGGAAGAUGCUGCUGAAGCUUAAGGAGACAUAUUACCCUAUAGAGAUAGACCCUCAUCUGACCAUGGAGGAGAAAUAUCCGUUUAUGGUGGAGUGGUAUUUUAAGUCACACACGUUAUUAGUGGAGCAGAAAUUGCAGAGGACCAAACUCCCCGAGGUGGUGCGAGAAUCAGACAUUUGUCUCAGGGAAGGUUACGAGCAGUUCUUUGAUCGGCUGCAGCAGCACGUCGUUCCCGUGUUCAUCUUCUCGGCGGGUCUGGGAGACGUGCUGGAGGAAGUGAUCAGACAGGCUGGUGUCUACCACCCCAACAUCAAAGUCGUGUCCAACUUCAUGGACUUUGAUGAGAACGGUGUUUUGAAAGGCUUUAAAGGAGAACUGAUCCAUGUUUACAAUAAGCAUGAUGGCGCUCUGAGGAACACCGAGUACUUCAAACAACUGAAGGACAAUGGCAACAUUAUUCUGCUUGGAGACUCACUUGGUGAUCUCAACAUGGCAGACGGCGUGCCCAACGUGGAAAACAUCCUCAAGAUCGGCUUUCUCAAUGAUAAGGUAGAAGAACGGUUGGAAAAGUACAUGGACUCUUAUGAUAUUGUCCUAGUGAGGGAUGAAACUCUUGAAGUGCCUAAUUCAAUUCUGCAGAAGAUCUUAUAAUUGAUGCCACAGCACAGCCUGCUGGGAUAAGACUCAAAUUCCAGGAUUUUCCGAGUCUCCUGGAUAAAACCAGCACCGAGGCAAAGCUCCUUCUGUCUGCACGCCUCACAAGUCAUAUAUAUACAUCCUGUGACCUUUUUAAAGUCAAGUUCUGUCUUCAUAAUGAACUAUUUUAAUAAACACCCUGCCGUUGUUGCAUCUCGGUGUUAUCAAAUAUCAAAAGAAAAGAAAAUUAUUGUUUGCUGUAUUUUUGAUAUGGAAACUUUGUAUUUAGUGUUUGCAAUAAAUGUAAGGAUGGUGCACACUGCAGAUGGAAGCCCAACAGAUGUUUCAUGUUCAUGAUCGUUCUUCACAUGAUGUGCACUUUUAAAAUCGUAAGAGCUGUUACAGUUCUCAUGGAACUUUAUAUUUCAUGUGAGUAUGCAUGCUGCAUGCACAGAAAAAAAUAAAAGCAAUACUACUACAUGUUUUAUGUUACAGUACUACCUUGGUGCGUUUUGUCCUGUGAAAAUGUUUUGUCAUCAUAAUCGAUCAAACUGCUUUUGGUGUUCAAAUUUGCACUACCUCCUGAUCACUUGUGAAGUGGGCAAUAAAAUUAGUUUCUCAUGAGUA